AUGACAAUGGACUCUUCUGGCGUCAAGCAAAUCGUUCUGGCGUUAGAAGCGAUCCAUGAACCGCGACUGACCAAUGCACAACGAAGAGAAGCUCAAGAAUUCUUAGAGGGUAUCAAACGAAACGAGGAAGCUCCCUACUGGGGGUAUCAACUCGCCUUGCCUUGUGACAGUGGCAGAAACAGCAUAGUCAGGCAUUUUGGCCUUUCGCUACUCCAGCACGUGGUGAGCAGCAAGUUCCAUACGCUUGAUCGAGCCAAGGUCCGCACAUUGAGAGAGUGGAUCGUCACGCUAUGUAGCAAGACGACGGAAAACGACCCGCAUUACUUGAAGGAGAAGGUUGCCUUUUUGUGGGCGUCCUUGGCCAAGCGUGUGUGGGGCAGUUGGCUCGUGAAAGGGGAAGACGUGAAUGAGCGUCAAGGCGAGGUUGACGGGAAGAAGAACGAUUCCAGCCAGAACCCGGCUUCCGAAGAGGACUUGGCUGACGGCUGGAGCUCUAUGGACGCAGAUCUAUGGGCUCUUUGGAAUGAGAAUCCACAGUGCAGAGAGUUGUCAUUGGUGAUCACCAGAACGUUGUUCGAGGACAUUUUCCUUUUGGACGACAUUGUUGCUAACAAACGUUCGCCCAUCUUGAACCAGCUUAGUGUGCUCAUCGUGCAUCCUUCAUCGGUGCUAGAUCAGAUGUACGAACCCAACCCCCGGAUCUCGCCCUGCAAGUACGUCUCUGAAGGCUGGUUCAGCCAAUGGAGCAACUUCUUGCUCGAAGUUCUUUCCAACAACGACAUUUCAUCACAUUCAGCCCAAGCAUUCGUGCCUAAAAUUCUUAGCACUUUCAAAACCUGUCUCCACUGGGUUCAGCCCUCUGUGUUGCGUGGAGAGAACGUGCUCACUACGUUAAUCAACAUCCUCACCGUGUCCGACGUCAAAAUCAAAACUCUUGCCGUCGACUGUUUGCAUAUAUUAUUCACCAGGGCAUACCCUACCCUGGAAGACUUUGAGUUCUUUGUUGGCAGCAUCUUCACAGCUGAGGGUAUCAAAAAACUUUCGCAAUUCUAUCAUUCGCUUAAAGUGGAUCCUGAUGACAUCGAUGAGCAAACAUAUGCUUUGCUCAAGAAAACAGUGGAGAUGAUAGUCUCUCUAAGCGAAUACCUCAACGUGCUGUUACCAGCGAAAAAUAGAAUUGAUUGGGACAAAGCAGACGUGAGUGAGUACCUCCGUCUUAUACUCACCACAACGAGUCACCCAAGCUUAAUAAUAUCAGGGCUCUCAUUGCAAAUGUGGGUGACGACACUACGCUUUGACGAACUAAGCUCCAAAGAGCCUGUGGUCAAUGUCUUGAUGGACUUGAUGGAGCUUGCAGCUAACAGAGUUUUGAACUAUGAGUGGAUCGGUGAGGACGAUGCGUCUAAAAAGUUCUUAGAGUUUGAUUUUGAUCUGGCUCUGGAUUCAUCCUCUUUUCUUUCUAACUACAAAAAGUUCAAUGAAGACAUUGUUCGUAUUACCGUCUGCAAAAAGCCUGAAGAAGGUCUCAAGUGGUUAGAGAGCAGGCUAGAAGCUUUCUUCUCUUCGCAUUUGGGUAAUGUCUGCAUUAACCAGUCCAAGUUGGAAGAAAAGUCCGACCCCUUCAAUUGGGGAUCUGCACAAUUCAACAUCAUUGAAAACAGCAUCAGAGGUGUAUCGCGUUGGCGAAUUUGGUAUAAUGGGGAAGAUUUCGAGGCAAAAAACAAUAGACUCAAUGGCCUCGUAGAGGACUUGGGCGAGCGUCUAUUAGCUAUGCAAUUGGCUUCUCCGUUGCUUAUCAGAAAGCAGGUACAGACGAUGGUUCAAUUUGCUCCUUUGCUAAAGGAUGUCAGCCCCCUUAUGUUCAAGGUGUUGGAAAAAAUCUUGACAACAGCUACCUUUGAAUAUCCUCCAAAUAUUGAUGACGAGGAGAAAGAACUCAUUCGUGACUUGAGGACGAGUUGUGGUACCGAGCUUAACAGAUUAGCUUACAUCAUGCCCGAGUCGCUCAAGAAGAUUUUCUCCGAGCUCGAGAAUGUGAUUUCCAACAUCUUGGCCUCAAACAAAGUCAGCAAUCAUGAGAAUGUGGCGUUCAAGUCCUUCCUUUUGGUCAUUGCAUCUCGCUCAACUAUUGAGAAUAAAGAUGCUCUUUUCGCCAAGAUUGUGGACCCAGACUUGAUGGCAUGGUCUGCGCCUGAGACUGAAAAGGGUCUCUCUGACUUGCAUUGGUUCAUGGAAAGGCUAGGAAUUGUUGAGAUUGCCCAAUACUUCCAGAGACGAAAUAUCACUGCUACUAGCAACUUACUAGAAGCUGAGAUGGACGAGGAGGGCAAGGCCCUCAAAAACAAGCUCAAAGAGCACUGGCUGUCAAUAUUCCCUAUUCGUGCUACUCGUAUCUUCAUUCAGUACAGCAUUGAGAAGCUCAGUCAUGACUCUCCGGAGUACCAAGCAUUACUCAGGCUUUGGAAGCCUCGAGUCACUCCGAUCAUACCCCAUGUCCUUCAGCUUCUUGCUCAAAUUCAGGCGUAUCACAACCCAGACAAUUGGAAGGAUCUUCCAGAGUCUGUCCAAGCUUUCUUGCGUUACAGUAAGUUGGAAAGAUUCUGGCAACAAGGUGUUUCAAUCCAAAGUAAAGAAAUGUUCAUUGAGGAGAGUGUUAAAGCUGCUUUGACCUUGAGAGAUUUUGCUGACAGCGUUGGCCAUCUCGUCAGAUACACAAGAGAAUACGCUUUUCUCACCAUUGGCUCCUUGUCCCACCUUGAAGAUACCCUUUAUGAAAUCCCGAACAUCGCGACGUCUUUGUGGAACUCAUUAGCCGGCGACACCGUCGGUGUUACCCUCCACAGUUGGAAACACAUGAUCAACAGCUGUCUCAGAAGCGUCGUGAAGAAUUGUCCAGUCAAAUAUGUGGAUGUUUUCAUGGGUGAACUUCUUCCAAAAGCACUCUACGACAUUGACAAAUUGAUCGGUGAUAAAUGGGAGAAAGUGUACAAUACAGGCCUCCAGCUACAAGGUAAUGAAGAUGACGCCACCUUGAGUGAGGAGAUGAUGGAGGAACAUAUGCUUAGACAGCUUACUGCUACAGUCGUUCGCUUUUUGAUGGACAUCAUACCUCAAUUCAACGCCAAGUCCAUGACCGACACCCAAUUCGCUUGCAAGAGGUUGGUCACUACCAACAAGGAGGUUAUGGGUGCGUUUUUGCAGAUUUGCUGUCGAAUUAUCAGCCUCAAAGACACGAAGUGCUCUUUCAAUACCAUUCUUGUGGCUCGCAACAUCCUACCCGGCAUCGUGCUUAAGGACGAUGAUGUUGACAAGUAUCUCUGUGAUGUGUUCAUGAAUUCUUUAUUGAAGGUUUUGCUUGAUGACUAUUUUGUGGAGACUCACACCGAAGCUGCGACGGCGCUUACCACCCUCUACUGUGCAUUGAGAUCGAAGAACGACUAUCCCGCAAGAGUUCUUAUGGAUACUUUACCCAACAUUACCUCUCUGCAUGUCUCGAACUUCGAGAACCUUUUAGUCGGUUCCAGAUCUUUGCGCCACCAAAGAAUGGCGUUGCUUGAGUUGGUUCGUAUCUCCAAGAGUGACCAGUUGGAGUCGUCUGAAGAUGCCGAAAGAAGAAAGCCGCCGGCGAUAUCAUGA